GAUGUUGCGUGUAAAUAGAAAUAAAAAGUGUGUCGUCUGUUAUUGUUUGAAAUAACUAGAAUUUGUCAUCUGUAAAAGGAAGGCGGCCGGGAUCCGUUUCGGUUUCGUCCAAGUCGAAUUUCCCGCCAUCUGUAAAUGGUUCGCCUUCACGUUGGCCAGCCUGCGCCCCCUCCCCGGCGAAAGACGUCCGACGGCAGUAAUGGAGGAUAUGUUUUGAUUCCCUCCGAUCGACGUCGGAUAUUUUAUCGCGAAUACCUUUCCGUUGGAAUUUGAGUUUGAUCGCGUCCCGCUUCACCGAGGGAGGAGUUUCAUUUUCGAGAGGAACUUGACCGACGAGUGAUUUCGCCGACAAAACAGUGUAAAUCCGGUAUUAGCCCGUGAUAGUAAAACCCUUGUGAUGUGAGUGUUUGAGAAGACGACCCGCACAUUCCCCCCCUGGCCGGGGGUGGCUCUCGAGAAGAAGAACGAGGUUUUAUAUCUACGAAACAUACAUUAUAAUAAAACCUUAUAAAAACUUUGAAAAAACCCAAAACAAGUAAAAAACAGGGAAAUGUGCAAUAAGACAAUUAAAAAUGACGUAAUUUGAAAUGGAAGAAAACGAGAAAAUAGAUGCUGUCGAGACAGUCGUGACCUGCAUCGGUGACCUGAAGGACCCUGAAUUCCCACAGAGGUUCAAGUACAUCUUAGACAGCCUGCGGGAGCUGUUAUGCCGGGAUUCAGACAGGAGGUACCUGAGGGUGAAAAAAGUGGAGCCUUGGAACUCAGUGAGAGUGACGUUCAGCCUGGGGCAGGAUGCCGCUGAGAGGCUGCGAAGCCUGGCGGGUCAAGGAGGAGGGGAGGUCCUUGGUCGCCUUGGGAUCCUCUCGGUUCAACUGCGCCCUGCUGAAGUCAUCUCAAUACGAGUCAGUCCUCCGGUGCAGCCCCCCGUUGCACAGGAUGUGCCUGGCCCUUCAAACAGGCCACCCCCCGUCGUACCUGCUCGGCCUCCGGCCCCGCAGAUACAGCUGCAAGGCCAGCGCGUCUUCGCACCGUUUCAACCCACACCACCACAAGUGCAGAAAGUGGCGCCACAGAUACAGCUACAGCAGAAGCACUAUCCACCUCCCCCUUAUCCAGGACAGCAGCCCACUGUCGAUCCAAAGAUAGAGCCAGUCGAAAGCCCCCUUCUAGUUAACCUUCUGCAAACAGAAGCAGUGCCUCAACAGAAUGCGCAGCAGGUCGUACAAAGGUUUCAGCCCUGCCCACAGGCUGUAGUCCACCAUAGGCCGCCGCCUCCGCCUCCUCCUCCACUACCGCCUCAGCCUUUGGUGCCAUUGGCUCAACAGCUUUCAACACCUGAACCAGAAGUCAACAAAAUAAAAGAAGAAGCGGUGAAAGAUCCGAGUGAGGAGGAACUGACUUCGAGUGGUAAAAAAAGGCAAUACCUUAUAAAUCCUCUAACUGGUGUGCUCGAGCCCAUGAGCUCGGAUUCAAGUUCUGAAAGCGAGGCGGAGAUGACAGUCGAGGAAACCAGGGUGCCACCAGUACCAAGCCCACCUCAGGCACCGGUACCAGUCCCAGUGCCAGUUUCCCUCCCCGUGCCAGUGUCAGUGCCAUUACCAGUGCCGACACCCCCACCUAUAGCGGUGCCUUUGGAAUUUCCCCCAAGCCCUAGUAAAUGCGAGGGCUCCCCACAGGAAGAGCGUGCCGCUGAAAAGCUCAAACUGCGUCUCAAAGUGGACAAAUGUGGGCCAUUUAAUGUAAGGUAUACGGCCUCAGCUUCAGCAAUGCAGCAGACUCCUACCACACCGCCUAACUCAGAGCCCAGGGUUCCCCCACUUCACAUAUCUCUGAGAGGGAGGAAUGCUGCAGUUGUUAAUAGGUGUAGGGAAAGGAAAAGGGAGGGGAAGCCAAGGCGGAAAGUUGAAACUUCUCCUAUCCCGAAUGUUAUCCCGCCAAUUUCCAGUUACCCUUCAGAGGCCGAGGUCGCAUCUAUAUUAAGAUCCGUCCCUGAAGUUACAACAGAUGAGAAGAAGAGGAAAAGGGGCCAUGGGAAAUCCCUCACUCCUCUCAGACCUCAGGUGAACAUGCUCGAGGACAAAAGAAGGAAGAUGAUUUCAGUAGCAUCUUCAGGGGCACUUAGCACUUCUAAAACAGUAACAGGGCUUAAAACUGCACCUAUAGUAAAAAUGAGUUCAACGGUCAACUCAAUACAACCGGAAAAGACCUUAGAAAAAGUGCAGGAGGUAGAAACGCCGCCUGUGCAAGAUGCUAAUCCCGAAGGUCAUUUUAUUAGUAAUGGUAGGAAAGAAUAUCAGAAUAAAAGCAAUUCACCCGAGAGUAAACAGAUGACACCCCCUUAUCCGGCAAAACCUUCCCCUCCUGGGGGUGAAAAAGUCCAGGGCCCAGGUGGCGCUCUGGACAAAGCGGGGGACGAUUCUGGGAUAGAAAGUAUGGACGCACUUUCUGAAAAAUCGCCCAAUCGAGGCGAUUCACCAAAUCGGAAAGACGAUUGUAAAAAGGACGAGGUGAAAAGUACGGAGGAAGUACGAGACGAGGAGGAUUUUGAGGUCGGAGGGGAAGACCCUGUCCCCAUCCGUCUCACGCCAGCACUGUACACCUACUCUAACCCUGAAAAGCAGAGGGAGAGUCCGACUCCUGAUCUUUGUCAGCUCAAAUCAAGGGAAGAGUAUCCCUCUACGAGAACGAGGUCGGACUCAGCGAGUGGCAAGUCGCUUCUUGAACAACUCCUCAUUGAAAUCCCAGGCGAUUCGGCGGAUAGACGUACUUCCGGACGGAGCAUGCGAAAUCACAGGUUAAGUACGAGGAGUCCUGAACCAGUGGUACCUGAACCUCCGACAUCCCCACCUGCUAAGCGCAGUCGCAAGGCAUCUGAAAGCUCUACAGCUUCGCAUGAUGAUGCUCCUGCUACUAGGUCAUCAAAACGGAAGUGCUCAGAGAAUGCUUCAGAAUUAAUCAAAGCCUAUAUGGGUGUUAACAGUGAGCAGCCAACGCAGAAUAAUUCUGAGCCUUGUAUGAAAACAAAAUCUAGAAAAGUUGACUCUUCUGAGGAGGAUGAUCCAGAGAAAAGGGUUAUGGCAGAGGACAUACCAAAGCAGAAGGGCGCUAUGGCGACAUCAGCUCUGCAGCAAACACAGACCACAAAGGAUGAAGAAAAGUGUAGAGCUGGAGGGAGGAGAUCUGCCAGGCAGGAGGUGAAAAGGAUCACGCACAAGAAGAAGAAAGGAGAUGAAAUUCAGAUUGAGACGAAAGGAAGGCGGAGGGCAUCAAAGGAGUCUGCACCUGUCAAGUAGAGAGCGACUUUUGAGGACUUUUGGGGAGAAGCUAGUUGUAUAUUAUUACCGUAUAACCUGCCACGUCUUUUCUUAUUUUUUUCUUAAGACAAAGGGUUUCUAAUGUGACUCUUCAGAAAAAAAAAAUCAACUAAUAUAUAUAUAUAAAUAUGUAAUAUACAAUUUGAUAUAUUAUAUAUUUUAUAUAUACAUAUUAAAAGUGUAAUAUAUUAUAUAUAUAUAUUAAUAGAUUUAAAAAAAGGAAUAUUUUCUAGAAUGAGAGAAGGAAAGCAAAUAAAUAAUAAUUGUUUAAUUAUCAGACUCUUUUCCACUUCCCUCUACCCUUGAACAAUAAAUGUAUUUUUUAAUCAUUAGAAAAAAAUUAAAAUAAUUAAUUGAAACAUAAGAGAUAAUUGGUCAGUGCCUUUAAUUUUUAAUUUUCUUGUCAAAAAAACAGUACAUGUUUACUUGGGAGAAAAUAGAUUAUUUUUUCUUUUUACGAAUGUGUAUUCGGCAAGUGAAGUCUGAAAAAAAUGGCAGUUAAUUAAAUUAAAUGCUAUAAAAAUCAAUAUAGUUCCUUAAUUUUGUUUGCCUUUCAUUAUAAUAACCUUGUAAUGUCAACCAUAUUUCAAAGAACCACUAGGAAAAGGUUCUUAAGAUUCCUAUUUUUUUUUUUUUUUUUUAAGAUUUUUUAAUGCAACAAAUAAAAAAUAUAUAAAUAAAAAUAAAGGCCCAAAUAGUUGUUAAAUUGUUCUCACUCUAGAAUGACACAAGCGUAAAAAGAAACAAUGUACAUAAUUGAAUUUUAAACUUU